CUCGGCGUUUCUACACCAUCACAAAUCAAACUCUCAGUCAGCGCCCGGCGGAGAAGGAAGCCGAGAUGAGCGGCAGAGAGGCGUGUGCUACACAGACAGAGAGUCCCCAAGACACCAGCGGGCUUUCACUGUGAACAUCUAACAGAUUACAUCCGCUGCAGCUGGCUUUUUUUUUUUUUUUUUUUUACUGAUUCCUGAACCCAUCGGAACAGGACAGGAGAUGAGAUUCACACAGACCCGGAGAUCUCCGCCUGGUUCCAAGCAGUCCGCCAGCGUUCAGCGGUGCGUCGAGGGUGUCCGGGGCACAGAGCGCGCAGCCCAGAGCCGCUCCACCUCAACUGUGGACCGAGGACAGUUGCUUCUCUCUUCCUAAAGCACAUUUUUGUUCUGCUGGAUUCUAGACUGAGGUGGGGCGGGGGGAACUAUGAGGGCUCUCUCAGCAAACUUGUUCGCUGUGCUCUUAAUGUGUGCCCUUGCAAGUGUUUUCUACGUGUGGAGCGCGCUGGAGAAUCGCUUGGAGCGACACAAACGGGGCUCCUCAGUGCCGGACGGGGGGUCCUUUCAUCAAGGUCCUUCAGAGGACCAUUCUGCCAAAACUUUCCGAGCGCUGCUUGCUGUUCCAGUUGCACAAAGACAGAACUCGGCGGGCAGAUCGAAGGCUCAAAACCUCACCAAUCCAUCUGCCUUUGUGGGAAGUCGAGAUUAUCACGUGAAUGGGGAUGACGAGAGGUCAGCGCAACGGGAGGGUCCGGUCAAGUUAGGCUACCCAGUGGAUGAUGGGAUAUUCUGGAGCAACUGGCUGGAAGACGUCCUCCCUGUGAGAUUCACGGAGGGAUACGCCGAGGCUUGGAGGAGCAAAGCAAGGACAUCACCGGUGGUGAAGCUGGAGCCUGGAUGCGGCAGGAUAUCCAAUCAGCUGGCCACGUUUGCAGACGGGACUAAGGCGUGUGUGCGCUACGGGAUCAACGCGGACCAGGUGCAGGGGGAAACUCUGACAUACUACCUGGCCAGUCUGCUGGGCAUCACAAAUCUGCCUCCGCUCGUACUGUCCCAGCUUAACGGCGAUAGUGCGCAAUGGGUGGCCGUGAGGACGCGGAUAAAUAAUUUGCAGUGGAGCGAUCGGGCUGUUGUGUCUCUCACAGAGUGGAUUUCCAACCUGACCGGAGUGGUCACACCUGCGCCCCUCAGACAGGAGAGCAGCGGGCUGCUUCCUGCCCUCAGGUGCUUCGAGAACAAAACUACGGCAGAGCUGCUGGAGCUGAUGCAGUGGAGCGACCUGAUAGUGUUCGACUACCUGACUGCGAACUUCGACAGGCUCGUCAGCAAUCUGUUCAGCCUGCAGUGGGACCCCCACGUGAUGGAGAGGGACACCAACAACCUCCUGAAAACGCCCCACGGGGACCUGGUGUUCAUAGACAACGAGGCCGGACUCGUGCACGGCUUUCGGGUGUUGAACAUGUGGGAGAAAUAUCACCAUUCAGUCCUGAGCUCCGUGUGCGUGUUCAGGAAAAGGACUAUGCAGCGCGUGGCGGAGCUGCACAGGCGCAGAGACUCCAGGCAGAGGCUGCUGGAGCUCUACAGAGACAGCGAGCCUUUGUCUCAGGAACUGGGGUUUCUCUCUGACGAGCACGCUGCAGUUCUACAAGACAGGAUAGAUCAAUUGUACAAACACAUCAUGCAAUGCAAAGAAAAGUACAAUCAGCUGUGAGCACCAAGGGCGCACAGGUGAUAGAUUGGCAUGGCAAGCCAUUAAUGACCAACAGUGGUGCUCAGGACACAGUACAAUGUGAAAACCCUACCAGAAAACCGUAUUCGAGGGGUGUUUUGAAUUCUUUCGUCUGAACAGUUUUUUUUCUCUUCAAGAAAUUGAAAACGAAAUGAAGUUGCCUGCAUCAAAGUUUAUGCUACAUUAGUUUUGGCUUGUGUGAUAAGUUAAUGAUAAUAGUCAAAGUUUACAAAGGCCAGUUGAUGUCAAGCACCCCUUCAACAUUAUCUAAAUCAAUGAAAGUUGGUGUCAAUUGUGGUACGUUUGUCCUACUACAAUUUUCAACGGUGUUGCUGUUGUUCUAAAGAAAAAUAACUUUUAUUAAUAUAUGUAUAACAGAAGCAAAUGCUUCAAUGAAGGUGUAAGUAGUGGAAAAAUUGCCAUUUAAUGACCAGAUGGCAUGUUGGAUGUUUUUAGUCCUCAUGAACAGUUAUUUACUGUACAACUGUGUGACAUAAAAAAAAAUGUUUAUUGGCCAGAUAGAUCGCUUUGUUUUCAUCGGUUGUUAACACAACUUCAUUUUACAGUUUUUCAAAAAUGACUGGAUAAAACAUAUGUAAAAUAUGGGGUUCUGGUGGGGAUCUUUUUAGUGUCCUGAUAUUAAAUGGUGAGUUUUACAUAUUUUUUUUACCAGACAGUACACCAAUGUUUGGCACUAAUGGAAUGCCGUAGGUGGUUUGCACGGUAUGAGGAGCUUUGCAAAACCAAUGCCUGUUACACAAAGCUGAUUUCAAUAUCCAACUGAACUACCUCUUGUGAAUAAAAUGUGUUGCCUACUUUAAAUAUAAGUCGAGUUUGAAAAAUGUUCAUAAGCUUCCUGCUGAGAUUUACGCCUCUCUGAAGUGGAGAUAAUGUGGCCAAUUGAAGUUAUUUAUUUUUCUUAAUUCGCUGAACAUUUGCUGACCUGAAUAUGAACAAAUGUAAAGAGUAUCUGCUGUAGACCUGUUUGUGAUUAGGGUACCAUAAUAAAGUCCUUAAAGAGAUAGCUAGUAAUUUUUACCAUGAGGUUAAAAACUUAUUAGCAGUUAAUAUCUUAGAUGUAUCAGAUAACUGUCAUAGUGUCUUCACUUUGCAAAAAUAAGAAGUGGUUUUCUUUGGAUCCUGAAGCUAAUGGCUACUCAGAGAGGGACCAAGAUCAAAGUGGGCUCCUACCCUCUUUUAAAAAACAGAGUCCACUCUCAAAGGUCUCACAGUAGUUUAUGCAAAUUAUUUUUUAGGAACAUUUAAGCUGUCAUCAUGUUUGUAUGGGGAAGUUAUUAAGAUGAAAGCUGUUGAUUUCUUUCAGUGUAAGAAAUCAGGAAAUCCUGGAGCGUCCUGGCUCCAGGAGGGCGUGCACUUCAGAACAUCUUCCAUGUGAAAUGCAUGCUAAGAACACAACAUGUUACUCCUUUUCUAGUUAUUUUAGUAUUUUAUAGUUUUAAGAUGUUAGAAGCCCACUUCUGCUUGACCCCUCUGCCUUUUGAAUAUAAAAAUUAAGACACUUUAAGAGUUUCUUAAUUUUUACUUAUGAUAUUAACUAUUCAUAAGCUUUUUGCAGAACAUCAUUUAAAAGAAUCAGAACUACCCUUAUGUUGUGUUUGAAUUUUUGCCUUGUGUUUAAAUAUCCAAGUGACAUAUGCCUACUCCAAAGCCUUAACCUAUGUUGAUUCUUCUUCAGUAUUGUAUUUCUGUUCACAUUAGCUCGCUUUUUAUAGACAGUAAUUUGCACACAUUGUAAUAGAUAGCACCUGCACUCGUGUCAAUGUGUUAAUAUUCAGCCUUAAAAGUCACAGGUGUGUCAAAUCUAUUGUGCAUUUGCUGUUUAUGUUGUAAAUAUUGUCUGGCAACAAGUUUUGAUGCUAAACUGACUUAAUGUGCAUUGUGACAUUCCAAAAUUGUGUCCUUUUUUGAAAAAAGAAAUACACAAAACGUAUUUUACAAUAUGUGUUUUGUACACAGAAUAUACCCAAAAGCAUUAAAAUUACUAUUGGUGUAGUAUAUCUAGAGUCUCGGGGCGGGGAGUUAGCGUAAAAGUCUAUUUAGUCUUUGUAUGUUACAGGUACAAUUUUUCACAAAAGCUUGACUGUUAGCCACAUGCUUGCAACAACACAAAUCUCUUUAAUCCCCCUUUUUAAUCUCAUAGAGCUAAAGUAGACUGACUCUUUGGGACACAUUUGAAAAAUAGUUUUAGUGUUCCCUAACUAUAACUUCCCUUUUUUUUAUUAAGAACACAACAAUUUAGGUUUUUAGAUCAAACCUAAAUUGCUAAGCUUUGGUCAAAGAUUAUAAAUGGUUACUGAACCAGAUCAAUAAUAGUUUGUGUUUUAGGUUCAAUCUAUUGACCUAAAAGGGAAGCACGCUCAGAGAGGAUCGGAUUGAACACUUUACAAUUAAUGAGAGCAGAGUGUUUGUAUUUUUUCGCAGCAUGAUUUCGGAAUUUUAAAUGUUAUUUCCUGAGUGAAUGACUUCACCACUUCACUUUCCAUCAUUUUGUAGGCCCUGUUCUGUGUCUAAUUUCUGUUUGUCAAGCACAUCCAUAGAAUUUUGAAGGCUUCGUUUUUCACUAUUUUGUUGUCAUACGAAUAAUUAUUUCGCUGUUACUUUCCUUACUAGAUUGAAUGGUGCAGCACUAACAGUUUCUGCAAUAUCAAAUUAGCUCACCUGUUUCACAUAGUGGGUAUUUUUGGUACUUGCAGCCCUUGUGUCAAUGAUUUGUGGUUAUUUCACAACAGAAGAGUAGGCAGGUGCAACUGGACUAGUUUUUUUUCUCUAUUAUUUUCCAGACUGUGCCUCAGCUGUGAAUCAAUAUGUGCACUGACUGUAGUAUGGUCGAAAACAGGUCAUGUUAAUGAGCAGGAUGAGGGGUUACAUGUGAAUAUUUGUGUCUCGGCAGGGAUUUUUCAAAGACUGCACUUACAGCUGGGUUUGGUGCUAUAAGCAUGUCUGUUUAUGCUCUACAGAGAUUUUGCAGCAAGCUGCACACACUAGGGAUUAAAAACAAUGCCAAACAGAGGUCUGCACGUCUGAAGCGCACUUCCUAUCCUCCUUCUGUAUUGUAUUUGCUUUCUCAGUAUUUUAUCUACAUCACAACCAUUUCUCCAGUGCAUCUGUAUUCUUUUAAAACAUUAUUGUCAGCUUCAUUUGUGAAUAAAAGAGAGAAUGAAAGUUUAAUUUUCCUAAUUAGCCUUUUUGUGGGCUCCUCUGCAUAUGAGAGCCCUUUAAACCGGGGGGACCAUGCCAGCGGUAAUCACACUAAUGGGGAGAAAUCAAAGAGGUUUUCAAACCACUCCAUAACUGUUCACAUAUGUUCUUCUUUCACUCUUCCUGUCUGUUCCUCUUCAACCUCCCUAUUCCACCCAAUGGCAACGUUUUUUUUUUUUUAUUUUACACCAAACACAUGGCACUUUUUUUGGCUAUUCUGCAGAAUGUAGAAUUUCCUUUCCCUCUGAAUGUCAGGUUUAUGCUCUUUAAUCCCGAUUUUUCAUCCUGCUUGUUUUUAGAUCAAACCUAAUUGCAGGCUCAGUCAGUCUGUACUUCCAGGGGAUCCGGGCAUGCCCGAGCGAAGACCCCAGGUAGUGGGGCUGAUCUCCUGCUUCUUUGUGCACAUUGCAAACAUUCCAGAGAAGCAGAGGGAGGAUCAUCUCCAUGGACACAUUAACACACACAGACACUACUCAGGCAGGAAAGUAAAAAGAAUCCCAGCUGUGUAAAUAAAUCUCUGCAGAAUGGUUGUUUUUUUUAUUUUUUUUAUUUUGUCCUCUCAAAGCUGUUAAACUAGCAAAAGUAAGUUGUUUAAAAUGCUUUUCUCACACUAAUGCAGCAUUUUAGUUAAAGACUGUUAGAAAUCCCUCAGUAAGGAAAAUUCUCACACCCGAAAGCAGCUAUAGGAUUUGCUGAUCUUUAGUACUGGAAAUGCUUUUUAAAUAUGAAAUACUGCACAUUCAAAGGGAUUUUUUUUGUUACUAAAAGAAAAGAAAUAGAAAAUAGUAGAAUAAAAUCAGCACAUUCAGCUCUACAAGUCUUAAAGACACACAUUUUCCUUAAACAACCAUAAGAUAAAAUAUUUCUGUUUUAUUUAUAUUGAUGUUUUUAUGCCAUGAAUUUUAUGCCUUCAAAAUCAUGUUUUCUUGCCUCCAUUCAAAGUUAAAACAGUUUUUUUUUCACUGAAUUGCAGCAAGUUUAAUACUGAAUUCUGAAGAUGUUACAAAUAAGUUUUUUUAAUUUACUUUACACAGCUGAAGCUGUUUCCCCUUUCCAACUCACUCCAGUGAAGCCACUAAACAUCUAAAUUAUAAGGCUGAAACCAUUGAUUUUCUGGAAAAGAAACAUACAUUUUCUAUAACUUUCCAAAUGCUGUUGCGAGGCAGGUGACUAAAUGUUUUCUCUGCCUUAUGCAUGUGUAGAGACAUACUAGCAUUCUUUUCAGGGCUCUGCAGAAUGUGGAAUCUCUUGCACAUGAUUACAUUAUGAAACAUGGACAUGAGUCACUUAGUCACAGCUGAAUGAAUAUGGGCCAUAGUGGGUAAACUGGGGGGCUGAGUCAACGUCUGGGGGGGAUUUGACAGCAUAAAGGCUGCGGUGUCCUGCAGAGGUGGGACAAUGCUUGGCUUUGUCCAAGUCACCGUUCUAGGACUGAGGUCAAAACCUUUGAGCGUUCUUUCUCAAGGGAAAGUUGAAGUUAAUGAAUUUAAGAUCGAGUGGGGGAGGGAGCAGUUCCUGCUUGCAAAUACUUUGUCUUAUAAAAAGGGAUAAGUCAUAUGUCUGUAAUGGUUUCCUUUGGGUGAAAAAACAAUGAUUUUAUUUCGUUUCCAUUCAUAGUUUGUUUAGGCUGGUAAGAUUUGGUCUUAUAAAAUUUGGUGUUCUUUAACAGAUUUACAUGCAGCAUUAAGAAAAAAAACUCUUCUUAUUUAAUUUUACGUGUUCAGUCAAAAAUAAGUUAAAUUGUCAUUUUUUUUUACACUUUAAGAAGAGACACUGGUUGAUUCUUAUUGUUUUACGUUUUGUCUGUAAUCAAUACUAAGGAGCCUAAAUUCAAGAGACUGCAUGUUGGCACCUAGAUAUAAUGAAAAAACCGACUUUCAGUACUUGUUGCAAACCACUCCUCCUUUCUUUUGAUUUAUUUUGAUAUUUUAAAAUGAGUGAGGCAUUCUUAUAAUCUGAUAAAUGUGCUGCCACCUACAUGUUUAAUCUUUCCGUUUUGGUCUCAUCACCUUAAUAAAACGUCACUAAUAUGUUUUCAAUCUACAGAUAGGCUUAAAUGUGAGUAACAGUAGUUUUCAAACUCUUUGAUGCAUCUGUCUGCUUUCAGCUCCUGUCAUAUUAGCACAAGAAAAACUAAACCAAUUGGUCUCUUUCCCUCAUCAAAUAUUUCAAAAUCAAGUCUUUAACACAUCCCAAUAUAUAAGCUAAUAAAACAGGAUAAAACUG